GAAAAAGAGAAGCAAAUCGCGUCUUCUUUCUUUUCUUGAGUUUUGUCAUAUUUUUUAUUUUUAUAAUUUGGGAAAAUGGGGAACUGCAUGGAGAGAUGUAGACGAGAAGGAAUGCAAGGAAAGACAAAGGUAAGAGAAAAUGCAAAAGAGUGUUUCAGACUUGAUGAUGAAGAUGGUCACGAUGGAAUGAAGGUGAAGAUAGUGCUUACAAGACAUGAAUUGGAUAUGUUUUUGCUUCAGAUGAAUAAGAAUCAUGAUGGGAACUUGAUGAUGACCAAAGAUGUUAUGGGAGAGCUAGAGAAGAGGAUCAUACAAGCAAAAUCAUCGUUAUUAUCAUCACCAUCAUCGAUGUCAUGGGAACCAUCUUUAGAGAGCAUCAUGGAGUGCCCCGAAGUCCAAGAGAUGGAUAGAUGAGGAUAAUGCUAAAGAUAGGAUCUAUGAAAAUAAGGAUGACUAUAUGUUAUCAUAGAGAUGUAAAGCAUUGUCUUAUAAUCACGGUCAUCCGUGACAUUUUUGUAUCACUUCAUAUUUAUAGGUAGAUUAUUUGUUAGACGAGGUGUUCGGAUCUACAUCUAGAUUCUAGUCAGCCGAUAUUCGUUGUUAAGCGGAAAUAAAAAGAUUCAAGAA